CUUCCCGCGGAAAGGCUCACAAAAGCACCCCCUGGGCACCCAAUUCCUCAAACACCUUUGCUUGUCUAUGCCAUGGCGGCGGCGCCCCCCGCGGUGCGGCAGCUGGAGGACGCGGUCGUCGCGAGGCUCCGUGCCUGCGCCACGUUCCGGGACCUCCUCCGCGCGCAUGGCCUCGCCGUGCGGCUGUGCCUCUCGCACAGCAGCUACGUCGCCACCCAGAUCGUCCACGUCUGCAACGCCCACGGCCGCGCCGCGCACGCCGCGCGAGUUUUCGCCGAGGUCCCCUACCCGAACCUCCACCUCCACAACGCCAUGAUCAAGGCCUAUGCGCAGAACCACCUCCACCGCGACGCGGUCGAGGUCUACGUCCGCUUGCUCAGGUGCCCCCCGCUACCUUGGAGCGGCGGAUUCUCCGGCGGCGACCGGUUCACGUACCCGUUCCUGCUCAAGGCCUGCGGCGGCCUGGCGGCGACCGAGCUGGGAAAUCAGGUGCACGCGCACGUGGUGAGGUCCGGGUGCGAGGCACACGACAUCGUGCAGAACUCCCUGAUCGAAAUGUACACGCGCUGCGGCGACCUGUCGCUCGCGCGCAAGAUGUUCGAUGGAAUGCGGAACAAGGACGUGGUGUCCUGGAACACGCUUAUCUCAGCGCACGCGAGGCUGGGGCAGAUGAGGAAGGCACGGGCGUUAUUUGAUUCAAUGCCUGACAAGACGGUGGUUUCCUGGACCGCAUUGGUGUCCGGGUACACAGCAGUCGGCGACUUCGCCGGCGCAGUCGAGGUGUUCAGGCUGAUGCAGAUGGAAGGCUUCGAGCCAGACGACGUGAGCAUCGUCGCGGUGCUGCCAGCCUGUGCCCAACUCGGCGCCCUCGAGCUAGGCAGGUGGAUAUACGCCUACUGCGACAGGCACCGCAUGCUGCGCAAGACAUACAUCUGCAACGCGCUGAUGGAGAUGUACGCGAAGUGCGGGUGCAUCGACGAAGCGCUGCAGCUGUUCCACGGCAUGCCCGAGAAGGACGUCAUCUCGUGGAGCACGGCGAUCGGCGGCCUCGCGGCGCACGGGAGGGCGCGCGAGGCGGUCAGGUUGUUCGAGGCCAUGGAUGGAGAAGGAAGGGUGCGGCCAAACGGCGUCACUUUCGUGGGGCUUCUGUCGGCUUGCUCCCACGCCGGGCUCCUGGACGAAGGCCUGCGCUACUUGGACCGGAUGAAGGACGGCUACGGUGUCGAACCCGGCGUCGAGCACUACGGGUGCCUAGUCGAUCUCCUUGGCCGGUCAGGGAGAAUCCAGCGCGCGCUGGACACUGUACGGGGCAUGCCGGUCCCCGCCGACGCCAAGAUCUGGGGGUCGCUGCUCAGUGCGUGCCGCAGCCACGGCGACGUGGACACUGCCAUGGUGGCGGCCGAGCUGCUGGUCGAGCUGGAGCCCGGCGACGUGGGUAACCUCAUCAUGCUGGCUAACGUGUACGCCGCAGCAGAGCGGUGGGGCGACGUGGCAAACACAAGGAAGGAGAUAAGGAGACGGAGCACUAGGAAGACGCCGGGGUGUAGCAUGAUCGAGGUGGACAACGUGGUGAGGGAGUUCGUCGCCGGGGAGGACCUGGGGCCUGAGCUGGGAGGCUUUGCUGCUGUGCUGGAUAUCCUGGCCUCGCAGCUUGCAGCCGAUGAAGAAGAAUUCGAUGGUUCAAAUUGCUUGGUUAAUGCGAAUGUGUUUACCAGUGACCGAUCGUUGCCAAAAUGAGAGGCGCAUUUGAGGUGUCCAGAUUUGAGAAAUACUGCUUUGUUCACGAGAAAACAAUUCGGAGACUGUGAAUGAGUUAAUUAUAGGGGAAUGGGAUGUGCAAUUACUACAUGAAACUUUUUGGCCGGAGGAUGUUACUGAAAUCCUCAGGAUACCAAUUGAUGAUCAGGAAGAGGAAUGGCCGGCAUGGCACUUUGAUGCAAAGGUACUCUAUUUUGUAAAAUCAGCAUCCAAGGUGGCACUGGCAAACAGAGAUGCAAGUGCUAGCUGCGAUGCCUCUGGUUCUGAUGUCUCUGGCUCCAGGAGACGUGAGUUUGAAUGGCACAAGAUUUGGCAGAUAAAAAUCCCCAACAAAGUUAAUAUGUUUAAAUGGAGAUUAUAAAUUUAUAAUAUUCUCCCGGUGAGAAGGAAUGCGCCAAGGCGUUGGGGUUUUCUGGACACCAUUAUGUCCACUGUGCAUUGUGGGCAUUUCUUUUUAAGUGCAAGUGCAGCAAACAAUGUUGGCGCAUAUUGGACUUGGAACACAUCAGAAUUGAGCUGGUAAAAUGCUGACCUGGAAAGAAUUUCUGAACAUGGUAUGGUCACUAGAUAAGAAAGACUGAAAGAGCAACUGAAAGUGAUCAUCCUUCAAUGGAAAUGGUGGUCGCUAGGAACAAAGCUAAUGAAGGUGGGAGGAUGUAAGGUACAACCGUACAACAGAAAUUCAGAGCUUGGUGUUGUAUUUUUGUACUGAAUUUGAAAAGCUGGAAGCAGCUGAGAAAAAUAAUGUCAGGGAGCUUCCAAAAGUAAAAUGGGAAGCACCACCAGAGGACAUCUACACGACCAACAUCACGGAGCUUUCUUUCCAGGGACCAAAGGGGGAGGAUUGGUUUUCGUUGUCCGGGAUAAAAAUGGAGAUGUGCUGGCGGUGGGGGCUGGAGAUAUUAGAUGCGCAGCAUUAGACGAUUCAAACAGAGGCGAUUGUGGCUCACAGUCAGAAGCAUUCAGCGAGAAUUGGUCAUGACACUAUGACAGGGAUCAUUUUGGAAACUGACGGUACUGGGAGGCGCCCUAAACUCAAAGGAGAUUGGUCGAAGCCCCAUCGGCUGUUUAGUGCAUCAGACUAGAGACGUCAUGUGAUCUGAUUGGUUAUAUGUAAUGUCUCUGUCUGUAGUAUUAGUUGUUUAGCUGCCCAUGGAGCGUGUGUUGGCCUCUGACUUUGAUAUGUGUUAUGUGUCAAGACCCGGAGUUUGUAGCGAGCUUUUUUUUUUCUUGAAAGAAAUUUGUAUGGAACUUGUAUCCGGCAAUUUGCCUGGACUUAGAGCCUAAUGGAAUCAAGAAUUUCCCU